UCGCAAUAGCCAAUCAGCGCUUUCAGAGGGCAGCCUGCUUUGGUCGAACUACUCCUCCCGUGAGGCUGCGGCCGAUGCCGUAAAGCUGGGUGCUGGGUGCGACGCUCGCUAAAGCCCUAGUACCCCCUUUGGGUCGUGGUCACUUGCCCGUCCCCCCUCUAUGGUCUCGGUUCCCUGAGUCCUUAGGCCGGGACCCCUCCCCGGCGCUCUCUGCUUCAGAGGGAGCCCAGUCUUCUGACAGGCCUCAGGGCUGGGAGGGAGGAAGAGAGGGGGUCUUCGGGAGGGUUUGGGGGAGGGGUCCCGUGGAGGGGUCGGCGCAGCCCGAGGACAGCGGGGCCAUGGAGUCCGGGGAGUCAGGGCAGAUGCUGGUGACAUUUGAUGACAUCACAGUGUAUUUGCUUCAGGAGGAAUGGAUGCUGUUGGGAGAGCAGCAGAAGGAGCUCUGUGGUUCUGACAAGCUGGUGGCACCACUGGGAACUCCCAUUGCUAACCCGGAGUUGUUCUGUAAGCUUGAAGGAGGGGUAGAACCAUGGCUGGGAGAUGCCCCAGACCCGAGGAAAUUCUUGAAUCAUCACCUAGGAAAUCAGAAGAGGAGAUCCAUGGGAGAAGUAGACAUACAGGGUCCCACUGGAGAAAUUGGCUUGCAUCUGCCACCACGGAAAAAAGCCUGUGUUUCCCACUUCAGUCACCCAGGAUGUGACAGUGUAGAAGAUGAUUCCAUAGGAAAAGCUAAAAAGAUAUUAAGGCCACGUUCAAUCCAGAAAUCUUGGUUUCGGCAGUUUCCAUGGUUGAUCAUGAAUGAGGAGCAGACGGCCCUGUUUUGCUCUGUUUGCCGGGAGUACCCGUCUGUUCGGGACAAAAGGUCUAGGUUAAUAGAAGGUUACACAGGACCUUUCAAGGUGGAAACACUUAAGUAUCAUGCAAAGAGUAAAGCCCACAAGUUUUGUGUCAAUGCUUUGGCUACAAGGGACCCCGUUUGGGCAGCGCGUUUUGACAGCAUCAGAGAAACAUCUGAGGACGUGCUGACCAGUGCAGAACAUCUCUUCAAUGCAGAUUAUCCUGUGCUCUAUCCACCAGGAUCCCUGGGUGAUUAUGAUGGUUUGGAUGAACUUUUUCCAAACUCCAGAUCUGAACUUGGGGAUGCCACUGAAAAUGGAACAGCAUCAGCUCUCUACUUGGAUUGUAUUUCAGAUGUGAGGCAGAAUGAUGCUAUCAAUGACAUCUGUACCUCAUCAAACAUUAAUAAUUUGUUCGAUGAUUCCACAGAGUUCUUUUGUCAGGAUCCUUCUGAGGAGGGGCUGUUUCAGGAGGUGCCAGUGGUGUUUGAGGAGCUUCCAGUGGUGUUUGAGGACGUGGCAGUGUAUUUCACCCGUGAGGAGUGGGCAAUGCUAGACAAGAGGCAGAAGGAAUUGUACAGAGAUGUGAUGCGCAUGAAUUACGAGCUGCUGGCUUCAUUAGGACCUGCUGCCGCCAAGCCAGAACUGAUCUCAAAGCUGGAGCGCAGAGCAGCCCCCUGGAUCAAGGAUCCCAAUGGACCAAAGUGGGGGAAAGGUCGCCCCCCAGGGAAAAAGAAGACUGUUGUUACCACCAAGGAGGUUGACACACCAGUCUCUGUUGAAGAGGCAGGGCUUCCUUUGCUUUCUUUAGUAGAAGUUUGUGACUCUUGCCCCAAUCCUGACCACACUGAAACAGGAGAUAUGACUGGAAAAGUCAAGAAGACUUACCGACCCCGGUCAAUUCAGAAAUCUUGGUUUGGGCAGUUUUCUUGGUUGAUAAGUGACCCUGAAGAGACCACGCUGUUUUGCUCAGCUUGCAAAGAACGCCCUUCCCUUCAUGACAGAUCUUCCAGAUUAGUUAAAGGGUACACAGGACCUUUUAAAGUGGAGACUUUAAAAUACCAUGAAGUCAGCAAAGCUCAUAAGCUUUGUGUCAACACAGCAGAGGUCAAGGAAGAUGCACCCCGGGCUGCCCUUGUCCCGGUCAUGCCAGAAAUUUCUAGUGACUUAAUGGCAAACAUGGAACACUUUUUUAAUGCUGCCUACUCCAUUGCUUACCACUCAAGACCACUGAAUGACUUUGAGAAGGUUCUGCAGCUUCUGCAGAGCACAGGGACCAUGAUAUUGGGCAAGUAUCGAAACCGUACUGCUUGUACCCAGUUUAUUAAGUACAUCUCUGAGACACUGAAAAAGGAGAUUCUGGAUGAUAUCCGUCAUUCCCCUUGUAUGAGUGUGCUGUUGGACAGCUCCACAGACUCAUCAGAUCAGUCUUGUGUGGGGAUUUAUAUAAGAUACUUCAAAGAGAUGGAAGUGAAAGAGUCCUACAUUACACUGGCCCCACUCUACAGUGAGACGGUGGAUGGCUAUUUUGAAACUAUCAUUUCUGCUCUGGAUGAACUGGAUAUACCAUUUCGGAAACCUGGGUGGGUAGUAGGCCUGGGAACUGAUGGUUCAGCCAUGCUGAGCUGUAAAGGAGGUCUAGUAGAGAAGUUCCAAGAAAUCAUUCCUCAGCUGUUGCCUGUCCAUUGUGUAGCCCACCGUCUCCAUCUGGCGGUAGUAGAUGCUUGUGGAAGCAUUGACUUGGUAAAGAAAUGUGACCGGCACAUCCGGACGGUGUUUAAGUUUUACCAGUCUUCAAACAAAAGGCUGAAUGAGUUACAGGUGGGUGCAGCUGCCCUAGAACAAGAAAUUGUUCGCCUAAAGGACUUGAAUGCUAUUAGGUGGGUAGCAAGCAAAAGACGGACACUGAAUGCACUGAUUGUGAGCUGGCCCGCCCUGGCCAGCCACUUGCAGAGUGUGGCGGAAGCUGGGGGCCAGAUUGGGCACAGGGCUAAGGGAAUGCUGAAACUGAUGAAAAGCUUUCAUUUCAUUAAGUUCUGCCACUUCCUUCUAGACUUCUUAAGCAUCUACCGACCUGUGUCUGAGGUGUGCCAGAAAGAGAUUGUAUUGAUCACAGAGGUAAACUCCACACUAGAGAGGGCUUACAUUGCUUUGGAAACCCUCCUUCACCAGGCAGGACCCAAAGAGGAAGAGUUCAACAGCAGUUUUAAGGAAGGUCAGCUCCAUGGCAUUCCCUUAGAGAGGAUGGAGAUGGCUGAACAGCGGUUCCAGACAGACAGAGAGAAGAUGAUUUUAACUGGGAUUGAAUAUCUCCAAAGAAGGUUUGAUACUGACCGGUCAGCCCAGCUCAAGAACAUGGAGAUAUUUGACACUAUGGCCUGGCCAGAUGGCAUGGAACUGGCUAACUUUGGGAACAAUGAAAUACUUAAUCUAGCCAGACAUUUUGAGCUCUCCCUCCCACCAGGCUACAGCAAAGAAAGCCUCCUAGAUGAAUGGCUAGGCCUAAAGACCAUUGCCAAGCAUCUUCCCUUCUCCAUGCUAUGCAAGAAUACUCUUUCUCAGCAUUCCCGCUUCCCUCUGCUGAGCCAGCUGAUAGCAGUGGUCAUUUGUGUGCCCAUCUCAACUUCUUGCUGUGAGCGGGGUUUCAGUGCCAUGAAUCGGAUCAAGACAGAGGAGAGAACCAAGCUCUCCAAUGAAGUCAUCAACAUGCUUAUGAUGACAGCAGUGAAUGGUGUGGCAGUCACGGAGUAUGACCCACAGCCUGCCAUACAGCAUUGGUACCUGACUUCUUCAGGCCGCCGCUUUAGCCAUGUCUACACUUGUGCCCAAGUGCCCCCUCGCUGUGAUGCAGGUGCUGAGCUCAGGAAUGAGAACAUGGGAAGUCUCUAUGUUGAGGAGGUAAUGGACCAGGAGCCAGCCAUGCAGUCUUAUGGGAAGCCUGUCAAGAUACCACAAGAUUAUGUCAGAGACUCAGAUAGAUGCCUCACAGCAGCCAAGAAACCCCAGAACUGUCCCAAUGAAGAAAGGAUUUUACAAGAGCAGGAAAGCCAGGAGCUACCUCAGAGAACCACCUAAUCAACUUUUUGGGAAAAGGCAAGGAUCAUGGGACAAGUUUUCUACAGAGAUAUCAUCUUGAAAAUUCCUUGUGGGCACUAUUCAACUGCAGGCUGACCAGAGCCCUGCUCCUAAGAACUCAGGGAGAUGCAGCCCUCAGAGGGUCACAUCCUUUUCACCAGGCUUAGCAGCAUGUUCUUGGUGGAGCAAGUCCUUUAUGGGUUAAUGUGCAGGGAAAUUUUUUUUAUCAUGAUUUCCUUCUUUUAAAGCCCUAGGAACUCACUUUGUCAAGAAGUAUUUUGUUUCAUAAUUGGAAGAGUUUCAAGCACAGGAAAAGUCUGUCCGGGUAAAGACUAUUUGAAACUGGGUACUUUAUUAUGUCCAGGAACCACUAGAAAGUAUGUCCAGGAGGUUGCUUGCUUAUUUCCAUUAUGGGUGCUAAUGCAUUGGUAAAGAAGGAGGGGAAAACUUGACCCAGAUAGGGGUCACAGUGUGAGAGAGCAAUGCCUGUUUUAAGGGGCUUCCAAUCUAAUUAUUCUAGGUCAGGAAUUAGGGAUUCCUCAUUUCAAGGGUGGGAUUAGACAUCUAAUGUCUGAACCUGGCCAAGGAAGAAUUCUUCCAUGCUUUUGGAAAGGCUUCUUUUUGAGGUCAGUAAUCCUUCAGACCUGUGUACUGCAGAAAGACCAGAGGUGGAGUGAGAGUUGCAAGGCAGUGGGGUCUGAUUCUCUCUUAUCUGGGUCACCUGGCACACCCUUUCUCUUAUCUGGUGCCUCAGAGCCCUGUCGGUGCAAAAUGCUAGCUGGCUGGCUUCAAGGGAUUGUGGAACCACUAGUCCUGUUUCUCAUCCUUGACUGAUAUUUCCUUCAAUUGGUAAUGCUUCAAGAAGCAUUAACGCCCCUCCAAACCAAUUAAAUUUGCCAUGAGUGUAUACCCCUGCAGUGAUAUGGAAGGGCCAUGUCCUCUGAGCAAAGUGAACAUUGGUAUUAUUCUUAGGAGCAAUUUCUUUCUUGGAGGUUUAGGGUUAGUGUGGCUAAUGCUGCAUCUCACUUAACCCUUCUUUAUCCAGGGAUAGAUAGGGCUUCCCUACUUUCCCAAACCUUCCUUCUUAGGAAAUAGGAUCAGUGUGAAAGUAAGAGGACUAUCUAAGCCUAUCCACAGCCCUGGAUUCAGCUUAUUUCAAAUUGGGAACAGAAAUAGUGCCACACCCAUUGCCAUAUUUGAUUAUAAAUAAAGGCCAAGGACAGGAACACACCUGAAAAUAUAAGAGCCUUCUUUCUAUUGAAGUCCUUGCUGUUGGUGGUAAGAUUCCUUUUAUCUAAAUUAACUGCUCCUUUCCUGAUAGAUUUAUUCUAUAUUCCCAAGAUACAUGAAGUCUUUCUGAGAAUACCUAUCCCUUGGCACCUUGUGCCACUUACUAUGCAGACCCAGCUUUCAUGAUCUGAUCUCAGUCUUAGGCACUAUCUUGAUUUCCCUUUUCUCAGCCAGAGUGGAACCUCUUGUCACAUUUCUUUCUUGAAAUCUAAUCAGAAUGCCUCAUUCAGUCAGAGGGGUUCAGGGAUUCAAACUAUACCUUGUCCUCUAAGUCUUGAGGUGCCUUUUUCAGCGUAAUUGGAUUGGGAGCCCCAGUCUUCCCAUCUACCUGUGUUGAUUUAAUAAGUCUGUCUGGGGAUAUUGGGAAUUAAUCUCAGAUGUAUAAAUGGAUUUCUGAGAAAGGAAUUGGAAGAAGACAAAAAGUGACUGCCCUAAGUUUAGAUGGUAAGUAGUGGUAGUCAGUAUGCAGUCCCUAGUGGUCAUUCAGGUAAUAUUCCAUAAAAUUCCUUCAAUCCAGGGGCUGGACCUACCAUUCCCAUUCUCCUGUUAUCCUCUGCUCUAUUUUUUCUUCACAAAUACCUUGCCAACCAUGGUCUUCUAAGUGCCCUAACAGGGCGUGAGUCAUUUUGAUCUUUAAUAUUGGACAAGGACUUUCUUCUGGGAGGUGAAUUUGUGAUAAGAGAUAGAAAUGAUGGUAGAGAAGCCUAUGAGGGUCUUAUCAGAACUGAAGUCAUUGCUGAAUUCUUAGUUGGAUGCACUUUGAAAGAGGCUGUCCAUUGCUGGCUUUCUGAGCUGGUUGGCUCUCAGAUUGUGGUGACUGAAAAUGUUAUUUGUUUAUAAAAAGCUGUGAUUGUAGGUAUACAUAUAUAUUUCCUAUAUGUAGUGUGGGAAUCACAGAAGAAGGAACACUUUUUCUGCUAGACAUCUUAUAACCCUAUUAACCAAGGGCCAAGGGACCUUUGACAAAGUUUUUGCUUGAGGGCUCAGAAUGAAAAGUUCUCUGACAGAACUGGCCCUGGGGAAAGCUUCAAGGCUCAAGUUUACUCUCAGCAAGACUUGUAUCCUGUAUCUUGGAAACUGGACCUUGGAAAUCCAGUUUAAUAGAUAUGGUUCCUCUUGUGUCUCAAAUGGACUUAUACAGAUGGGGUAAGGAGGAGUCAGCAUUUGCCUUGGAUGAGGAUUCAGGCUUAAUCUCCUUAAAGAAAUUGGCUAUCAUGGGUAUCUUUCCAGAUUUGCAUAUUCUUACAUAUCUCCUUCCCUCUGACUUGUCCACUCUUGCUGCUAUUCUGACUAAUCAGCACUAUCCAGUAGCUCUAAUCAAAAGCCAUAAGAAUUGGGGCUGGGAAAGUAAAGUUGCCGCUUCCUUUCUCUUACCUAUUCAUGUGUCAUGAAGAGUAUGGCCAUGAUUUAGAUGUCAGCCACAUUCACUCUUGUCAAUCCUAGUGUGUCUGGGGAGACAAUCCCAUGUUUUAUGAGUACAUAACAUUCGGAUAACAAGGAUAAACAAAACAAUCCAAGUUAUGUCAGUAUUUAUUCAGCCUGGAAUCCACAAUGUAGGAUCACUGGGAGAAGGGGAUCAGUGAUGUCUUUUCCAACUAUCCUUUGUUUCAGAUCUGUGCAAAAUGUUGUUUUUUAAAGACACAUUUGAUUCUUAAGCUUUUGCUAUCAGAAUAAAGAAGUUUUAUUUCAGUGUC